AUGGACGGCUUGGUGGCCCAGUGCUCCGCGCGGCUGCUGCAGCAGGAAAAAGAGAUUGCGUCUCUGACUGCUGAAAUUGACCAGUUGAAAAACUAUAACUGCUUGGAAUUUGGCAUGCUCAUUGCUCACCUGCAAGAUAAGUUUCCAGAUUAUCUGGCCGUUUCACCACCUAUUGGGGAUCUUCAGGCCUUUUACAAGGAAUCUAAGAAGAGAUUUGAUACUGAAGAGGAAUUUAAAAAGCGAGCUUAUCAGUGUGUUGUUCGGCUUCAGAGUAAAGACCCAGAUAUUACACAAGCUUGGAAGCUUAUCUGUGAUGUCUCCCGCCAAGAGUUUAAUAAAAUCUAUGAGGCAUUGGACAUCUCCUUAAUAGAGAGAGGAGAAUCCUUCUAUCAAGAUAGGAUGUGUGAUGUUGUGAAAGAAUUUGAAGAUAGAGGAUUCGUGCAAGUGGAUGAUGGCAGAAAGAUUGUGUUUGUCCCAGGUUGUUCCAUACCACUGACCAUAGUGAAAUCAGAUGGUGGUUACACCUAUGACACAUCUUAUAUGGCUGCUAUUAAACAAAGACUAUUUGAGGAAAAAGCAGAUAUGAUUAUCUAUGUUGUAGAUAGUGGACAAGCUAUGCACUUCCAAACAGUGUUUGCUGCUGCCCAAAUGAUGGGUUGGUAUGAUCCUAAAGUAACGCGAGUGACCCUUGCUGGAUUUGGUGUGGUGCUGGGAGAAGACAAGAAGAAGUUUAAAACACGUUCAGGUGAAACAGUGCACCUCAUAGACCUUCUGGAGGAAGGACUAAAAUGAUCUAUGGAUAAACUGAAGGAAAAAGAGAGAGACAAGGUGUUAACUCCAGAGGAGUUGAAAGCUGCUCAGACAUCGGUUGCUUAUGGCUGUAUCAAAUAUGCUGACCUUUCCCAUAACUGGAUGAAUGAUUAUAUCUUUUCCUUUGACAAAAUGCUAGACGACAGAGGGAACACAGCUGCUUAUCUCUUGUAUGCAUUCACCAGAAUCAGGUCCAUUGCCCGCCUGGCCAGCAUUGAUGAAGAGAUGCUCCGGAAAGCUGCUCGGGAGACCAAGAUCAUUUUAGACCAUGAAAAGAAGUGGAAGCUAGGCCGAUGCAUUUUACGUUUUCCCGAAAUUUUGCAGAAGAUUUUAGACGAUUUAUUCCUCCAUACACUCUGUGAUUAUAUUUAUGAGCUGGCGACUACUUUCACAGAGUUCUAUGACAACUGCUACUGUGUGGAGAAAGACCGGCAGACUGGAAAAGUAUUGAAGGUGAACAUGUGGCGGAUGCUGCUGUGUGAAGCAGCGGCUGCAGUUAUGGCCAAAGGGUUCGACAUCCUUGGAAUCAAGCCCGUCCAAAGAAUGUGAACCUUCUUAUGGUUUAACACUGUAUUUUUACUGAAGUGGCCAUUUAGCAGUGUUUGAUUUUUUUUUUUACAGAGAAAUGCAGAUAAAACUAGUAAAGAUAAUUUCUCUU